GCCAAUGUACCGCAACCAUGCAGCCCGAGCACACGAAUAACGCCCGCGCAACAAAGCGCCUUGUCCACCCGCACGUCCAAUUCCUAAAAGAGGGCUUAAUAACGUCCAUUGAGAUGCAGAUACAGCGAGAGCUGGCGCGCUACUUAAACCGCACUGCAGUAUCCCGCCUCAAUUCGCCUCCAGUCCACAGCGACAUUCCCAUUCCCAGAAAAGGCAGAAAACAGACACGACGAUGGUGCAGGUCACAUACCUGCUCACAAGCGCGCUGACCGCGCUCGCAGCCGCGCAAAACGGCGCAGCAUCAGACUUCACGGCGGACAAUGACGGCGGCGCGGCGGCAGAGGUGCACCAAAACAGCAAGCGCGUCAUCAACAGCAACAACGACGGCGGCGUCUACUGGUGCGAGCGCAAGGACUACAAGGGCAAGUGCCGCUACACGCACAAGCCGCUCGGCACCUGCAUGUGGAUGAACCGCGACCCCCGCAGCAUGUGCCCCGACCGCAACUCCUGGGGCGACAAGCCCAUCUACUGCGAGCUCUGGAACGAGGAGGGCUGCAAGGGCCGCGUCGCCAACCUCGAGUACCCUGGAAAAGCGAACUUGGCCCAGUGGUAUAGCCCCAAGAUUCGUGCUACUGCCGCCUAUUAUUGGCCUUUGCCGGCUAGUGUUAGAUGUUUUAAGAAGAAGUGA